AAUUUCUGAGUGUCACCAUGCCUCAAUCUACGGACUCACAUCUUAGCUUCUGGAACGUCUCAUUUACAAACUGUGGCCUUCGGACAUUCAAAGCGGUCUUCAUCAUCCUGUGGCUAUCAUUAUGUCUUCCUGCUGAGUGUGAAGGCGCCAAAAAGGUCUCAGCAUCCAUGAUUAAACAGUGGAGGAAAAACUACAAAACCAAAGUGACUUUUGAUCCCAACACAGCAUAUCCAUGGUUCAUCGUAUCUGCAAACAAAACUUACGUGGAAUCAGGAGACAGACGCCAAAAUGUGCCAGACAAUCCUGAACGAUUCAAUAACACUCCUGCUUUGCUGGGCCACCCUGGAUUUACAUCCGGGAAGCUUUACUGGGAGGUGGAGUACGGAGACCAGAGGGAGUGGGCAGUGGGGGUGGCCCUCGAGCGUGUGGACAGGAAGGUCUAUCUCAGGCUUAGUCCAGAGGAGGGCAUUUGGCAAAAGGGCCUCUGGUGGCUUCGAGCCCUGGAAAAUCGUUCCCAUGCACUUCCCGUACGCCCUGGGAUCAUUGGGAUAUUUUUGAAUUACAAAGCAGGUACAGUGGCCUUUUACAUACAGGGGAAACUGAUUCUGAAAAGAGCCUCUUUCAACAGGGAGAAAGUGUUUCCUUUCUUCUAUCUGGGUGGAGGUGUUCAUCUCAAAUUAAUAUAAUGUAUUACUUUAAAAUCUAAAAAAAGAAAAAUACAGUAGAAAUCUAUAAACUACCAUUCAUAACACACCAAAACACCAAGAAUCCUUUAAAAAAUCAGGAUACUAUAAAAGCAAGAGAGAUUAUUUUAAAACAUUAUAGAGCAGUAAUAAUUAAAAGCCACUGCAGUGUUCACAAACUAUAAAGUCCUGCAGCUAAGCCUGAUUUGAGACAUUAUAUCAAGCUGUUAUAAAUCCUGGCUUGUGCCUAUUAAACCCUGGGUUAUGCCCUUCUUGCCUCUCUCCCACCUCCCUGCAUCCUCCCUAUACAAAAUAUCUCCUUGACCAGCCAACCACAAGGGGAUUUGGUCAUCAUAACAGCCUACAAUCAGCAUACACAGUGUCAUGAGCCCUGACGAGGAGGAGCUGGAAGGGUUAACAGACCUGGAAGAGUUGCCAGCCAGUUCCUCAGCUGAACAAACAGCAGCUGGCCCAUCAAUCACUCUCCAGGCACCAGUGUCAGCUGUUGACGAUAAAUCUCCUCCCAUCUCAAGAGUUUGAAGCAGGCUCCAGAAAGAACUUUCAGAGCAAAGACAUGAGGCAUGCCGAUGCUUCAGAUCUCUCAGCACUGAGUUCUAGCAGAGUCACUGCCACCCGGGGAGCAGGCUGAUUGAGACUCCCAUAUAGCUCCCACCCAGGACCUGAUAACUUUGUGGAAGCAACAAGUCUAUUCUCUGGCUUGCAUCCAUGCUCCUUCCUGAUCAUGACCUGCUUGAUUUCCUUGGCACCCUGACCUUUUGGCUUUUGGACAUUGACUUCCGAUUCCGGUUUGUGAUUCUGCAUUGGUGACUUGGCUCCUGCUUGACAUCCUGGACUUUGACCUUGGACUAGCUUUGGACUCCUGCCUGCCUGCACCCUGAGAACGUGACACACAGUGAUUAACAAACUAGAAACCAACCAUAGAGAGCCAGUUUGGUGUAGCGGUUAAGUGUGUGGACUCUUAUCUGGGAGAACCGGGUUUGAUUCCCCACUCCUUCACCUGCACCAGCUGGAAUUUCCUUGGGUUAACCAUAGCUAUCACAGGAAGUUGUCCUUGAAACGGCAGCUGCUGUGAGAGCCCUCUCAGUCCCACCCAGCUCACAGGGUGUCUGUUGUGGGGGGGGGGGGGAAGAUAUAGGAGAUUGUAAGCCGCUCUGAGUCUUCGAUUCAGAGAGAAAGGCAGGGUAUAAAUCUGCAGUUGUCUUUUUCUUUUGCAAUCCCAGUUUGCUGCCUAGGAACAAAAGCUGGUAUUUUAUCUCUCCUACAGCUUUAAAACUCCUUAUUGCUGUUGGAGUUCUUGAUUAUCUACUUCCUUCAGUUACUUGGAAUGGAUGCCCUUUGUAGUUAGGUUUGUGUGGUUACAUUUCUGGCAGUGAUCUUGUGUCCAUGAGAGGAGAUAAACUGCCCUUCUAAAUGAACAGACAGCUGAAGAUAUUCUUCCUGAAAACCAAUUUUUUCCUAUUUAACCUUUGAAAGAUUUCCCCCCUUUAAUUCCCAUUUACAAAUGAGGGUAUUUCAGAAGGAACACGGAAGGAACAUUGACACAGAGGGAAAAACUGUAAACUCUGCAUUGAAAAACAACCAUGUUUAUGGCUUUUGUAUUGUAUAUCAUUACCUAUCCAUCCUAUUCUCCCUCCCCAUCUACCCUAUGUCAUCUUCAGAAAUAAAACAUAUCUUUUGGCUUGC